AUGAACCAACCAUUGGAUAUUCAAACAGAUACCCCUUCAUUUAAUACGUCUUCUAUUGAACCAAAAGAAAUUCAAGAUGACAAGUUCCAAAUAAUAAAAGAUAUUAAUAAUCAAAAAAGAAAACUUAUUUACCGUGAAUUACUUCAUUAUGAUGAUAAUGUACAACUUUCUUUUGACCAAAUGCAAAGAAACACACAGAUUAAUAGAUAUGAAUACCUUUCUUUAGUGUAUAAAUAUUAUACACUUCCUUGUAAAAAAGGUAAUGAAUUUUCUAAUACAACUUCUGAGGGAUAUUCUCUAUAUCUUCUUAAAGCGUUAAACAAUAAUAAUGAUAAUAAUAAUGUUUUUGAUGAUAUAAAAAAAUAUGAUAAAGAAGAUAUUAAACUUCUAGAAAAGAUUGAUAUGGAUCUUGCUCGUGUAACAAAUACAUUUUGUUCUCAAAAUUUACCGAUUUUGGCUAGUAUUAGAAGAAUAGCAUUUAUUAUUGCUAAAACUGAAUACAAUUGUCCAUACACUCAAGGACUAAUUGAUGUAAUAAUCCCUCUUUAUCAGAUAUUUAAUGAAGAAUUUAUUGGAGAGGUUAAAUCAAAUAACAUAUCAGAUGUUGAAUGUAAUGUUUAUAGAUUAGUUUGUUAUAUUUAUAAAGGACUAAAUUUAUGGUAUUAUCCAAAACUAAAAGGUGGCACUAUGAUGAUAAUAACAUUAUAUGAGAAAUUCUUAGAAUUGGUUGACAAUGAAUUAUAUAAUCAUCUUAAUCAAAUAAAUGCACAUCCUAUUUUUUAUGCUUUUGAACCAAUUAUUACAUUAUUUUCACGUAUUUUACCAAUAGAAGAUUUAACAGUAUUACUGGACCACGUUUUUAUAUCAAAAAAGUUCUCUUUUUUAUUAUGUUUUAUGGCUGAAAUUAUUUUAGAAAAUAAAGAUAGGUUGUUGUUAAUUCAAAGCGAAGAUGAAGCUAUGCUCUUUUUAAUGAAAAUCUUCCCACUUAAUUGCUUUAAUGAGGUAUUGGUUAAUGCUAGAAUUUUAUAUCUCCAAUAUGAAAACACUCUCAACGAAAUUUUUAAAACAACAAAACAACAUUCAUUGGAAUAUAGUUGCAUUAACAAAAAAACAAAAUAA